UUUUUAUUUUUAUUUAUUUUCAAAAGAUUCCAUUUUAGUAGAUGAAACGACUUUCCAACCUUGUGCGCUUAUAUAUAUAUUUGCUUCUUCCAACACACUUUCUUCAUCCACACCACCUAACCUUUGUAACUGCAGCUAAACCAGCUUCUCAAGCUAUUAAGACAAUAUGGGGCAAAAGCAUUUUGCUAUGGUGUUCUGUUUAUGGGCUUUAACAUGUUCUCUGCUUCCUUCUUUCUCCGUCGGAAUGAUGAGAGUUGGUUUGAAGAAGAGACCUCUCGAUCUUCAUAGUAUUAAUGCUUUUAGAAGAGAACAACGACUUAGAUCAGGAAGACCGAUGAUGAGUGCACAUGAUCGGUACAUUGGUAAGUCCAAUGGUGAAGCUAUAGUACCUUUGAGUGAUUAUAUGAACGCUCAAUAUUUCGGUGAAAUUGGAAUUGGCACGCCGCCACAAAAAUUUACUGUCAUAUUUGAUACCGGUAGUUCCAACCUUUGGGUUCCAUCAUCCAAGUGUUACUUUUCUCUUGCCUGCUAUACCCAUAAUUGGUACAAGGCGACGAAAUCCAAUACAUAUAACCAAAACGGAACAUCGUGUAAAAUAAACUAUGGAUCUGGAUCAAUAUCUGGUUUCUUCAGUCAAGAUCAUGUUAAACUUGGCAAUUCUAUUGUCAAGAAUCAGGACUUCAUUGAGGCUACACGAGAAGGAAGUAUUUCUUUUCUGGCAGGAAAGUUUGAUGGAAUAUUUGGACUUGGAUUUCAAGAGAUCUCAGUUGCAAGAGCUUUGCCAGUAUGGUACAAUAUGAUGGAACAAAAUCUUAUAGGUGAGAAGGUGUUCUCUUUCUGGCUCAGCGGGAAUCCUAAUGCGAAAAAGGGUGGUGAAUUAAUUUUUGGUGGUGUGGACCCUAAGCAUUUCAAAGGAAAACACACUUACGUUCCAGUUACUGAAAAAGGUUACUGGCAGAUUGAAAUGGGAGAUUUUUACAUCGGAGGCUCGUCAACAGGUGUUUGUGAAGGUGGCUGUGCUGCUAUUGUGGACUCCGGGACAUCUCUGCUUGCUGGUCCAACUACUGUUGUGGCUGAAAUCAACCACGCCAUUGGAGCUGAAGGUGUUUUGAGUGUAGAAUGUAAGUCCGUUGUUUCUCAAUAUGGGGAGCUGAUAUGGGAUCUCCUAGUAUCAGGGGUAAAACCUAGUGAGAUAUGUUCACAAGUUGGUUUAUGUACUAUUCGCCGGGAUCAAUCUAUGAGUGCUGGGAUUGAGAUGGUGACCGAAAAGGAACAUAGUGAAUUGUCUGCAAAGGAUACUCCUCUGUGUUCUUCUUGUCAGAUGCUUGUUGUUUGGAUUCAGAAUCAACUAAAACAAAAGGCGAACAAGGAGAGAGUAUUCAACUAUGUGAAUCAACUGUGUGAGAGUCUUCCAAGUCCAUCGGGUGAAUCAGUGAUAAACUGUAACGACAUCUCCAAGAUGCCAAACAUUUCAUUCACUAUCGGAGACAAACCCUUCGUCCUCACACCAGAACAGUAUAUUCUAAGAACUGGAGAAGGCAUUACCCAGGUCUGUCUUAGCGGGUUCAUUGCUUUCGACAUUCCUCCUCCAAAGGGUCCACUCUGGAUUCUCGGUGAUGUUUUCAUGAGGGCAUAUCACACUGUUUUUGAUUACGGAAAUCUCCAAGUUGGUUUUGCUGAAGCUGCCUAGUUAUGAAGUUGUGGAUGAAUGAAAGAUUAUGUUAAUGAAUUUUUUCAUAAUUUCGUUUCUGCAUUGUAAAUAAGUUGUACUACUUUGUAACUAAGCUCAGGUUCACUCCACGGAUUCAAAUAUGUAUGUAUGUAUUAUCUAUGUCUAUGGACGUGGUAUGUUAAGACGUGAAAAAAAUACACUUGAAAGUUUAUGUGCUCUUUACAUGAAGAACCAUUUUCAUUUCUGUGUUA